CUAUGUGUUUGUAUUUGCGAUAAAAGUAUGUAAACAGUGCUAAAGCAGUUUGUGAUCACAUGUUUACUAAUAUAGGACUCCAUUGAAUGUAUUGAAUAGACAUUGAAUUUGUUUCAAACAAUAAUACAAACAUUGAAAGUGCCUUUCGGUGACCACUUUGACGGCAAUAACAACGUGUUUGUAAUGAUAAUAGUGAUCAAGCAUUUGAUGCCUAAGAUGUUAACAAACAAUUCGUAGUCUUUAUUUGUUAUUAGUGUGUUGUCCCCUCUUUUUCGUCGUCCCUGAAGACAUCACCGCAAAACCCCAAUCAAAAUGUUAUCCCAUUUGUUAAGAGCACUCAAUAGACAGACAUUCAAAUCCAUACAAACAAACAAUUAUGUGAAAAGAUUUUAUGCCAAUCAAGAUGUUAGUCGACAACAAUCAGAUGCCGACCAAAGUGGUCAACAAACAGCUGAUGACAAUAACUGGUCAGCCAAUAGUUGUCAACAACAACAACAAAAGUAUUACCACUUUCAAGAUCAGGACGUCGAUGAAUACACUCGACUAUACCACGAAUACUACCAAAGAUAUUAUGACAACAAGUUUGACACCAAAUCUAAUUCUGGAAGCGAUGACAAUAAAGACGACGGCAAUCAUAGAGAUGGACAACGAAACGAAAAGUGCAAAUCAAACACCUUUUCAUUCAGUGAAUGCAAAUACCAUUUGAUGACAAUAAGACUUCUGGAGAAGAUUGGAUACAUUGGUGCGGCACUGGUGGUGGGACUACAUUUUGAGGGUCCACUACAUAACUUACACACAACGGGACGACCUCGACUAACACAGAUCUGUGACAGAUUGGAGGGAACCGCCAACGAUGGCGACAAAUGUUGGAAAGUGUGCGGUCGUUGCCAUUACUGUAACGCUUUCCUAUCUAAGCUGUUCCCCAGUGUCUUCUCGGCACCCAUUCGUAAAAAUCACUACUUUAAUAAUGGAAACAGUCGUUACAUAACUAAUUCCACACAAAUCGUGGUUAAUGAAGAACUCAAAGAACGAACUUGCGAUGAAAGUAAGAAUAACAUUGAAAAUGAAAUCAAAAGCGAAACGGAUCCGAUUGAAGAUCUCUGCAAACAAUUGCAAACUGCAUCCAUUGAUUAUGUGGAUCAGUUGAAUAAUUUGUUGGGCAUUUCGCUUAUCAAUACAGAUCCUGAUGAAGCCAUAAAAUGUUGGUCAUCGAGUAAAUCAAAUCCAAAGGCAUUGUUUAAUUUAGGAGUGGCCUAUGAAAGUGGUCGUUAUUCGGCUGAUGGAACUGUUGAUCUAAAGUCUGCAUUUAGACACUACGCACUGUCAGCAUCUAUGGGUCACAAGAAUGCUAUCUAUAACCUCUCACUCUUUUAUUUGUACGGAAAGGGUGACAUUGCUGUAGAUUUGGAUCGGGCCGAGACAUUGUUGAGACGGGCAGCUGAGUUAGGCGUCAAACAGGCCGAGUAUUACAUACAGGAACUCGAACUCAGGCGAAGCUUUCAACUGGCAAAACAGCGCAACAUUUUGCGUAGCUCUGCUUCAGCACCCAAUUUAACACUACUGACCACUUGUCAUAGCGAGAAGAGUAGCAAUAACUAUCUUCAGGCACCUACCUAUGCCAUGGCCAGAGUGUAGACAAUUAUAACAGUAGUUUCGACUGAAUUAUUGUAUAGUUUUACUCAUUGUUUUUAUUUUUUAUUUGUUUUCAAUUUAUAUACAUUAUUAUAUAAUUAUCUGAUAUAUCAUCUUUAAAACAUUUUUUGUGUUUAAU